AUGACCAGCUUCAUCAACUUUUUACCUGGCAAUAUCCGUGUUACACUUCUCUCGACAUCACUUGUAUGCCUGACAUACUACUCCUUAAAUAUCUCAACAACGACACAAAUCCCUUAUCUCUUCCUUCUGAAUUCGAUCAAUGCAAUUUCGAUCUCUGCGUAUGUGCCUUUGUUAUCAGCAGAAUUACUUGGGUGGUUCGCAUCUUUGGUCAGAUCACAGGUUUUUUCCAACAAGAAGAGAAAUACGAGGGGAAGUAUCUUUGGAACCUGGAUGUACAACUCUGAGUUCUUACUCUUCUUAUGCAUUGUACAAUUUGCCUUCAGCAUAGGUUUCAUAUCCUUUUCCCUUCUUUCUCUUUACACAAUCUCCUUGACUUCUUCGUUCUCAUUUCCUAUAUCUAUCCCACCAGAAAGGACUCCAGAACCUUCCAGAAUAGUACUCGUACAACCUGUAGCAUCUCCUCGACUAGGAAUAGAUGAUUUCAUACCUCUUCUAUAUGGCAUCACCCACUUGUUGAUACUCUCCGCACAGCUUUUCUCAUUCACGUUAUUGAUUGUGGAGAUUAGAGGAUCACCUAGAAGUUCGUCCAUCGAUAGAUCAUUAGCUGGAUUGUUAGAAAGGGAUAUAACAGAGUUGAUCAAUCUAAGAGAAGAAGCGAGAUUGAUGAGAACAUCACUUUCUUCUGGUUCGCUUUCGAGAUGGAACGAUGGGAAAACCAAUGAUCAUGGUAGUACUGGUACUUAUACACCUUAUUCACCAAUAAGAUUUAUAGAUGGUGACGACGGUAAUACGCCUAGAAGAAGAUCAAGAACUGCUUCAUCAGCAUAUUCGACUAGUAACAGUACCUUGACUACACCUUCUACAGUACCUUUAACCAGACAACUCAUGGUGGAUAAUCAGGAUCAAUCCCCAUAUCGAAUUAGCAAUGAAGAUACGAGAUUCAAUGAUCCUUUUACACCUAGAAAUACCUCAAAUACACCCAAUAGUUCAAGAAAUAAUAGAAGACUGUCAGUAAGAUUCGAUUUGUCACGUAAAUUAUCUGAUCCAAAAUCACCUCUCACAACUACAUUCCAAAAGCCGUUGUACACGCCUACGAAUUUAUACGGAGCGACCACAUGUCACUCGAAAGAAGAAGCACAAGGAGAUUAUUUCUCGCUUCCUGUUAUCCCGAACGACAACGAAAAUGAGUUCAUUAGACCUAUCCCAUUAAGUAUAGUGAGGUCACCUAAAGACUCAGUAUCGGGCUUCUCACCUUUAUCGACUGGUAGUGACACGCUGGAAAACAUAGCUGAAGAGAUUGAGUACAACGAGAAUGUUCAUAAAGCAUGGAUGGAUAUCAAAGGUGAUGAGACUGUUUGA